AUGAAACCUACCCAUAUAUUAAUCAUUACAUUAGUUAUAUUCACUUCAAUAACAUUUGCGAUAAUACCACCACCGUCCAUAAUUCGACUAAAGUUAGCUUUGCGAAAUGUCACAUCCACUCCAAAUGCUGUCCAAGAUUGUAAAAAAAAAUUUCAUUUCAAACUACUGAAUUUGCAUAAUUGCAUAUACAAAAGAGCGAAUCAGAAAAAUACACCUAAAAAAAAAAUCGUUUCUCAGUCAGGAACUGAAUUCUUUUCGACUUCCUCAGAAACCGAUUUCACUUCAACUUCCACAAGAAUUAGUUCACCAACAAUAAUUUCUUCAACGGGUGCGUCAACUUCUAGUAAAAGUAUUACGAGUACUUCAACUUCUAGUAAAAGUAUUACGAGCACUUCAACUUCUAGUAAAACCAUUACGAGUACUUCAACUUCUAGUAAAACUAUUACGAGUACGUCAACUUCUAAAAGUGUCACAAUUUCUUCAACGAGUGCGUCAACUUCUACAAAAAGUAUUCCGAGUACUUCUCUUUCUUCAAAAAGUGUAACAAAAACAACAAUUUCUUUAACGAGAACAUCAACUUCCACAAAAGUCAGCUCGACGAGUAUACCAAAAUCGACCCCCUCUCCGAUGCAAAUCCAAGCAGUCGGUGUCAUUGGUUUAACAAAUGAUGUUGAGUGGGUGGCACAAAUUGCAGUAGGCACACCACCGCAACCAUUUCUCAUUAGCAUUGACACCGCUUCGGCAGAUCUUUGGAUCCCCUCUAUUAAAUGUACCAAAUGUGGAAAGAGCAGACUAUUCAAUCCUCAAAAAAGCAGCACUUUUACCGCGAUUAAUUCACGUUUUCAAAUUCAAUACGCCGAUGGGGGUAGCGCUACGGGAUUGGUUGAACAGGAUACAAUACAAAUAGGAUAUAUGAAUAUAAAAAAUCAAAAGUUCGCUAUGGUCGACAAUUUAAGUCAAGAUUUUAUGGCGGAUGUUGUUGAUGGAAUUAUGGGAUUAGGCUAUGAUUCACUAGCAGCGGCCACCGGUACAUCUACACCUCUCUCCAACAUGUUAAACCAAGGAUUAAUACCGCGUGCAAUCUUCUCGGUUCAACUUCGCCCUGCUCGUAUUAAAUCUUCUUACGGGGGUGAAUUCACAUUUGGUGGGGUGGAUACUAGUUUAUUUACAGGACCAAUUACAUAUACAAGUGUAACACAACAACUGUACUGGCAAAUCUCGAUUGAUGGCGUCGAGAUGAAUGGGCAGAUCAUAAGUGGAAGCCAACAAGUUAUAGUGGACACAGGAACUUCUUUAAUGGUUCUUGGGACGGAUGUGGUUAAUAAUAUUAUUAAAACAGUUAAAGGGAGGUAUGAUUCGUCUACUGGAACGUGGCAGGUCCCAUGUAAUAUGGCUAAUGGAGCGAAUGCAGUGAAAAUCGCGAUUAGAAUAAAUAAUGUUGCGUGGACGAUCAAUCCUUUGGAUCUUGUAAGAGAACGAGUGUCGCGCUCCAACAAAUUUUGUUAUUCAGGAAUGGUAUCAACUGAUGAAAACGUGUGGAUACUUGGAGGUGUAUUUCUGAAAAAUGUUUAUGUAAGUAAUUUAUCGACAUUUCUGGAAAGAGUUAAGCGAAAGCUUUGA